GUUCUCGGCAGGACUUCAUUAUAUCGUGAAAUUUGGAAAAGAAAGAACUGAUCUGAGAUUAUAAUGGCAACAUAUUCGAAUCCACAUUGGUUACUAUGCCAUAUACGCAAUUCAUUUAUAUCCACAGACGAUACGGGCAUGUGUGAGACGGUAAUGGUGAGCGAUGAUCUGCCCAAGCAUUAUCUCAAGAAAUACAAUCAGGGAACUCUACAACAACAACAUCUUAGACGUUUCUUAGGCCAGCAACUUCCAACGCAUCACCGAAACUAUGAUCCACCUCUGCAAGAGGUUGAUUUUUUUUGCUACCCAGGUCUAGACCAAAGUGAUGAUGAAGACGUGGACCUAACUGCACAAUCAUUUGACAUACAAAUGGACCCCGAAAUUGGAUCUUAUCGUUUUCGCUCCAACACAGCUCAAAAGUUGGAAAAGAUGGACAUAGCUAGACGCAAAGCAGCCAAAACGAAGUGUGUUAAUUAUGAAGAUGAAAUUAUACAACCGGAACGAAGUGAUUUCUUUGUCCGUAAGCUAGUCAAGCCACAGCCAAAACUGUCACUGGAAAAUGGAGCUGAAGGAGAGGACAGUAGUGAUAAACUCAAAAGUAAACUCUCCAUACAGUUAGCAAAUAGUCCCAAACAAGUGAUGAAUAAAUUUCAAGAAUAUGCUAAAUUCGAUGGUACGUCCCAGUCGGGAGUUCAAACCAAACGCAUCAAUGUAUUUCUUAGUAUGCUGCCCGAAAAGGAAAGAAAUUAUCCUCUGAAAAUAUGUGUUCUUUCACAUGCAAAAAUAUCCGAUGUUAUUGGACUGGUGUGCUACAAAGCUAGCAUUAAAUUUCCCAACCUUCCACUGAAAUCUAUACGACAUUAUGGCCUUUACAUGACUGAAGAUACUGAUGAUCUGGAAACUUUUCCACCAUUAGAUAAUUGUGAGCCAUGCUCCAAAUUUGGAUUUUCGCAUCUUACUCUGGCCGAGCGCAGGAGUUUGCCGAACUUUCAUGGCGCUCCCACAAAGUCCAUGACAUCGGAAGAAGAUAAAGCACGCAUAGCAGCCAUGGCUGUGAGUUCGCUCAAUAGUAGCAUAGCAGGAGUUGAUGGAGCGUUCGACGACCGAGAUGAUGUUGAUGGAAAUCAAAAUAAUACGGGAGGUGAAGGCCGUGUUGACGACUUGGAGGAACGUAUUUUAAGUCAAGAUGAUAUGUUAGAAGCUCCCGUGUAUCGUACUUUUACUCUGAAUAUCAUCGACAAAAAAUUUUUCAAAACUGAAGUGAUAUUGGGUAUAUCAGGCGAACGAAUUGAAAUUGACCAGCAUAAGCAUGGCAAAUUUUGGACAAAGCAAAGAGCUGUCACCUAUCCAAUAGAUGCUGUGGCUCACUGUGAAAUUGUCGAGAAGCGCACUAUGAAAGCCAUACUCCGCAUAUGGCUAAAAUCGGCAUCGGCUAUAAAUCCGGCAAACAUGAAUGACACCAAAUCGUCCUCCUUGAAUACAACAGCUCAUUCACCUUCAAGCCCUGGACAUUAUCCCCACUUUGCAUCACCUUUCAAUUUUCUAAAUAAUUCUAGUGUGAGUGGCAGUACCUCAGCAAAUUCAUCUUCCAACCAAAGUAUUCGUUUCAAGCACUACGACUUUGAGACUACACUGCCCAUUGCCGAGCAGAUUUUAAAGAAACUCAAUUGUAUUUUGGGAGUGACGACCUCCGAAGUUCGCCGUGAAUUUCUGAAUGUCAAGCAGCGUAAAAUGGAGAAAAGUCAAGCCAAGAAGCACCUCAAAUUGUAGUAUCUAAAAAAUGUCUACAUGCAGUGUUAUCGUUAUUUACUAAAAUCUUGUGUGACAGGAAAAUGUAAUAACCUCAAUUCUG